GUUAACGCCGCUCUUUAGGAAAGCGAGAUACGUUUAGUCCGGAAGAUCACGCCAUUGGAACAAAAAGUGCUUCGUCUUGGGACUAGUUUUACGCCAAAAAAGUGAUGUAAUUUCGACUCUACUGAAUAUUCAAUUUGUAAUCAAUGAAUAGAUCAGGACAAUUUUCCAUUAUAUCACUUGGUAGUGUGGACUAAAUCCUCACAUAGUCUCCACACAAAACGGAAAGCCUGAAAAGUUCUGUGGCCGAAAUUUCGGUCACUUUUUAAAUUAUUCGCAAUACCAAGAGGAAAAUGUUAAAAGCCGCAGACACGGCGUACUGUACUUACAGGUUCUCCGCUGUCAACUGCGACGAGACCAUGAAGGACAACCAGAGCGUGACGGGAGGAGACUUGCUCUUGUUUGCUCGAACGUAUGCUUCUUACCACGGCUAUAUAUCCAUAUGUGUGUGCAUAUUCGGAAUAGUCACAAAUGUGUUCAAUAUAACAGUAUUAACACGAAAACAUAUGCGAACACCAGUGAAUUUAAUUCUGACUUGGCUCGCAGUGUCGGAUAUAAUAACUAUGAUGUCUUAUUUACCAUUUGCCAUGCAUUUUUAUUGCAUUUAUCCCGCUGCAAGCAAAUCCAUGGAGAAAAAUAGCCAAAGCUGGAUGGCAUAUAUGAUAUUCCACAUCAAUCUAGCCGCUACAACUCAUACCGUAUCAAUUUGGUUGUGUGUAAUGCUGGCCAUUGUCCGGUAUUUGCAUAUCCGAUCUCCAACAAAAGCCAACUCCAUGCGACUGCAGAGAAUCAAACAAUCCCGGUUUGGAAUUCUGUUUAUUUACGUUUCAUCAGCACUGAUACUCGUUCCAAAUUACAUGAGCAACAAAUUACUUCCUGACGUCCUUCCAGGAAAUAAUGAAACUAUAUAUGUUCUUCGAAACUUGAACCUUGGCAAAAAUGAUACAGAGACAAUGGUGCUUAUAAACGUCUGGGUGUAUGCUUUCACGGCCAAGCUUGUCCCGUGUCUGUUGAUGUCAAUAUUUGGGUCUCUCCUUAUAUACAACAUUCACGUGAAAAUCCGACAAAGACGUAAAAUUUUGCAAAUAUCCGGUGCUAGCAGCCUGCGAUUGUCAGAGCAUUCAAGAACAACAAAAAUGUUAUUAGCCGUCAUUAUUCUGUUUUUAGUUACCGAACUUCCACAGGGUAUCUUAAUAAUACUCAGCGCAUGCGUGGAAAAUUUCUUUGAUCAAGUGUAUCUUCCACUUGGAGACGUUAUGGAUAUCGUCGCUUUGGUGAAUAAUGCGGUGAACUUUAUCCUCUAUUGUUCUAUGAGUACAAAGUUCCGAGAGACAUUCGUUCAUUUAUUCUGUACUUUUCAUCCAAUACGCCGUUCGGAAGAUUCCGGUUAUACACUUACAGAUAGGCUGGCCAAACUGGACUCCCACAGCAAUAACAAUGAAAACAAUCAUCAUCUUAAUUUACUUCAAAAUCAUUUCCGAAAGUUUAGCGCCGAACGUCACGUAGAGAGGACAUAGAGGUCAGAGGACUUUAACAAACUGGAAUUUUAAACACAACGAUAUGUACAGUGUAUUGUAAGACCAAACUGGUUUCAAACAGAUGUACAAGUAGCAUUUAGUACAUUUUUCACUUCUCGAGUCGUAUUUUGUCCAUAAAGUGAAAUGUUCUAUUUUGGUUGUGUUACCAACAUAAUUGUAUUGUUAUUUAUCCUGAUUAAUUUAUCUUUUGGAUAUAGAUAUAAAUCAAUGUAUAGUUGUUUUUUUUUUGUUUCAUGUAAAUUUUAAAUAAAGUGAAGUUACACGUCA